UCAAAAGACUUCAGAGAUUAAAGAUUUAUUGACAUUACCACCGAUGGACGAUACUGAAGACUUCAGUCAAAGCUUUGACAUGGAUCCAAGUACUCCAACUGUAUCAAAUGAUGCUAGCUUUUGGGAUAUGUCAUCAAGACUAGAAGGAAAUACUGGAGAAACUUGGGAUCAUUUACCAAGAAAUGUAUUUGAAUAUCCACCUACAAGAGUAACACCCUUUUCUAUGGGCAUUAAUUCACCAGGUAGCACUGGAAGUGAAGUUUUGACUCCAACUUCUUGGACUGGUAGCUUCCAUGGCAAUGAUUAUGGUGAACAAUCUAAUGAUGAAACUGAUAGCACUUGGACUAGUGGAAGAUUACCAUCAAUGAGCACUGCAUUUUCUUUUUCACGCAAUUUUUGCAGUGGCUUUGCUGAAGAACCAGAAGUGGAUCCAUUACGAUAUCAAGAUUUAACCAAUGAUUAUCAUGACUAUCAGGACUGUUCUUAUGGAGAAGAAAUUCGAUUUACUUUUCCAGUGAAUUCGAAUCUUGAAUCUCAAGGUGAUGAUUCACUUGAUUUGAAUUCUCUUCAGGCAGUUGAUGAAUUUGAUCUUAGUUUAAUUCGUGGAGAUCCUACAACACUUCUGAACAAUGAAGUUCUUCCAACUUUUAUUAACAAUAGACAAGACAAUUGUGACUAUCAAAAAUACCCUGUGGGUCAUCUUUUGUAUGAACAGCCUACAAAUAAUAAUUCAAAUUAUAAAACAAUUCCGGAACCUCAGGAUGAAUUGAACCAAGUGGUUUUAUCACAAAAAGAGGGAUUACAUAUGGAUAAACGUAAUAAUUCAAAUGGUACAAAUUAUCAAUGUCGUUGGAUUAAUUGUGGAUGUGCGUUUACUGAACAAGAAGGUUUAGUCAAACAUAUAGAAAAACACCACAUCGAAUCUUCUGCCAAUAAUACUCAUGGCGGAAGCAAAAGAUCCCACAGGGAUAAAGAUAAAGACACAGUUGGUUCGAAUAAUUCAAGUCAAGACGAGUUCUCAUGUCACUGGCAAGGGUGUCCGAGAGCUCGGCCCUUUAAUGCGAGAUAUAAAUUACUCAUUCAUAUGCGGGUUCACAGUGGAGAAAAGCCAAACAAAUGCCCAUUUGCAGGAUGUAAAAAAGCAUUUUCACGCUUAGAAAAUCUGAAGAUUCAUCAACGAUCUCAUACAGGUGAAAGACCUUAUGCUUGUCAACAUCGAGGAUGUACCAAAGCUUUCAGCAAUAGCAGUGAUCGUGCCAAGCAUCAGAGAACUCAUUAUGACACAAAGCCUUAUGCUUGCCAAGUGGCUGGUUGUGGAAAACGAUACACUGAUCCAUCAAGUCUUCGUAAACAUGUGAAAAAUCAUGUUGAAACACCAACAUCAGUAUCGACGUUCAACAACUCAUCAUUGUUAAAACAAACACCGGUUGCCAAAAUAUCAACAAACAUUACUACUCCACCAAGUCACUCUAACUCAUUAGAUUGUAAACAAUCCAAAAGUGAAGAAAUUUAUGAAGAAGAAAAAUUGAUGAAUGUCAACAAUUGGUCUGGACUUGAUAUUCUUGAUGAGAAUCAACCAGAGUUCGUACCCUUUGAAACAGUUGGCCGAUUUUUUGGAGAAGAAGAAAGCUGUGGAAAUCUUGAAAGUAUAGCUUAUGACAGUGGUAUUGCUGAGUUUCAAGAAUUUAGUACUGAAAUGGAACAUCAAUUCCUAGAUCUAAGCAACUUGGAUCAAUCUGAAUUCAUCGUAGGAUAAUUUUAUUCUUAUUAAGGAGAAUUUUUUUACAUUUUUAAUUUUUUAUCAUAAAAUGGUUAUACAAAAUUUUUUAUUCUUUAGUCUAAAUUUUUUUUAUUAUACUUUA